AUGGCUGACCCGGCCGUGGGGCCGCCGCCGAGCGAGGGCGAGGAGAGCACCGUGCGCUUCGCCCGCAAAGGCGCCCUCCGGCAGAAGAACGUCCACGAGGUGAAGAACCACAAAUUCACCGCCCGCUUCUUCAAGCAGCCCACCUUCUGCAGCCACUGCACCGACUUCAUCUGGGGCUUCGGGAAGCAAGGAUUCCAGUGCCAAGUCUGCUGUUUUGUCGUGCACAAGCGGUGCCAUGAAUUUGUCACCUUCUCCUGCCCGGGCGCUGACAAGGGCCCAGCCUCUGAUGACCCUCGGAGCAAACACAAAUUCAAGAUCCACACAUACUCCAGCCCCACGUUUUGUGACCACUGUGGGUCACUGCUCUAUGGACUUAUCCACCAGGGGAUGAAAUGUGACACCUGCAUGAUGAACGUCCACAAGCGCUGCGUGAUGAACGUCCCCAGCCUCUGCGGCACGGACCACACGGAGCGCCGCGGCCGCAUCUACAUCCAAGCCCACAUCGAGAGGGAGGUCCUCAUUGUUGUCGUAAGAGAUGCUAAAAACCUUGUACCUAUGGAUCCUAAUGGCUUGUCAGAUCCUUAUGUGAAACUGAAACUGAUUCCUGAUCCCAAGAGUGAGAGCAAGCAGAAGACCAAGACCAUCAAGUGCUCCCUCAACCCCGAGUGGAAUGAGACAUUUAGAUUCCAGCUGAAAGAGUCGGACAAAGACAGGAGACUGUCUGUAGAGAUUUGGGAUUGGGACCUGACCAGCAGGAAUGACUUCAUGGGAUCUUUGUCGUUUGGGAUUUCUGAACUACAGAAAGCUGGUGUUGAUGGCUGGUUUAAGUUACUGAGUCAGGAAGAAGGAGAGUACUUCAACGUGCCCGUGCCCCCGGAAGGCAGUGAGGGCAACGAGGAGCUGCGACAGAAAUUUGAGAGAGCCAAGAUCGGCCCUGGGCCCAAGACCCCUGAAGAAAAGACGACCAACACCAUCUCCAAAUUUGACAACAACGGCAACAGGGACCGGAUGAAACUGACCGAUUUUAACUUCCUGAUGGUGCUGGGAAAAGGCAGCUUUGGCAAGGUCAUGCUCUCAGAGCGAAAAGGCACAGAUGAACUGUACGCCGUGAAGAUCCUGAAAAAGGACGUGGUCAUCCAAGAUGAUGACGUGGAGUGCACGAUGGUGGAGAAGCGGGUGCUGGCCCUGCCCGGGAAGCCGCCCUUCCUGACCCAGCUGCAUUCCUGCUUCCAGACCAUGGAUCGCCUGUACUUCGUGAUGGAGUAUGUGAACGGCGGUGACCUCAUGUACCACAUCCAGCAAGUGGGCCGGUUCAAGGAGCCUCACGCCGUAUUUUACGCUGCAGAAAUUGCCAUCGGUCUGUUCUUCUUGCAGAGCAAGGGCAUCAUUUACCGUGACCUGAAACUUGACAAUGUGAUGCUGGAUUCCGAGGGCCACAUCAAGAUCGCUGACUUUGGCAUGUGUAAGGAAAACAUCUGGGACGGGGUGACAACCAAGACCUUCUGUGGCACCCCAGACUACAUUGCCCCCGAGAUAAUUGCUUAUCAGCCCUAUGGGAAGUCCGUGGAUUGGUGGGCAUUUGGCGUCCUGCUAUAUGAGAUGUUGGCUGGGCAGGCACCGUUUGAAGGGGAGGAUGAGGAUGAACUCUUCCAGUCCAUCAUGGAACACAACGUGGCUUAUCCGAAGUCCAUGUCCAAGGAAGCUGUGGCCAUCUGCAAAGGGCUGAUGACCAAACACCCAGGCAAACGUCUGGGUUGUGGACCUGAAGGUGAACGUGACAUCAAAGAGCAUGCGUUUUUCCGGUAUAUUGACUGGGAGAAACUUGAACGUAAAGAGAUUCAGCCCCCAUAUAAGCCGAAAGCCUGUGGGCGAAAUGCUGAAAACUUCGACCGAUUUUUCACCCGCCAUCCACCAGUUCUAACACCUCCUGACCAGGAAGUCAUCAGGAAUAUUGACCAAUCAGAAUUCGAAGGAUUUUCCUUUGUUAACUCUGAAUUUUUAAAACCUGAAGUCAAGAGCUAA